AUGUUGGACUCUUUCGAAAUACUGACGACUUCUGGUGUCGUCUUGUGGUCAAAAUCCUUUGCGCCGACAAGCCCUUCAAUCAUUAACAGCCUCAUUACCAGUGUUUUCAUCGAGGAGCGCACGCUUCCUGGAUCGGGCACCGCAAAUGAUAUUUCCGCAGCAGACAACCCUCCAUACAAAUACGAGCAGCAUACCCUGAAAUGGACGACAGUGAAGGAGUUGAAUUUGAUAUUUGUGGCAGUCUACAGAUCCCUCCUUCACUUAUCCUGGAUUGACAAACUCGUGGAUAAUAUCAAGGCGAUCUUCGUGGAUCUGUAUGGCGACCAAUUAAAGAGACCAAAUACCACCUUGGUUGAAUGCCAUUUCGACGAGUACUUCGACCAGCAAAUACAGAAACUCGAAAAGACAGGCCUGGGUAAAGAUACGAGAGCAGCCGAAUCCUCCCUAUUUGUCGAAGAGGCACCACCGUCAACAUCUGGUAACUUUGACGAUGAGCCUCCUCCAAUGCCCGGAUUGCUUUCAAGAGGGCAAUCGAAAAACAACUAUAGAGAUCUGACCUCGAACGACUCUACCCCCGUCGUUACGCCAGAGAAUUCACGACCCAGCACACCAGCAAGCCACAUACUCACUGGAAAGGUAGGACCAGGUGGCAAAGGCUCCCGAAGAGCACGAAAAGCAGCUAAUACCCCGACGGUAUAUGCAUCUUCAGGAGAUGAGUCUUUUUUUAAGAAAGGCAAAACUGGAAAGCCUUCAGGAGCAAAGAAAGGAAGAAAAUGGGAUGCUGAUGGGCUAGCCGAUGAGGAUAGCGAUACCCCGCUCGAUUAUUCCGCGCCAGCAAACGGUGCCACAUCAGGCGAGGAUGAAGGCAAGGAGCGGCCAGGAGCCAUGGAGGAAGUGGACCAAGCGACAUGGGGAUCGAAGACUGGAAAAGGACAAUUCGUACUGAAAGAUCUGGACGACCAAGUCAACUCCAUAUUGGCCUCAGCGGAUGCUAAGAAAGCAGAAGAAACAUCGACAGCUGCAACUACAGGAAUCGUGGGAUCUAGUCUGAGCGCCAUAGGAGGACUUUUCAGAAAUGUUGUGGGAGGAAAGACCUUGACAAAAGAGGAUUUGAAUAAAGCCAUGAAAGGCAUGGAAGACCACUUGCUAAGAAAGAACGUAGCUCGCGAAGCUGCUGUACGACUUUGCGAAGGUGUGGAGAGGGAAUUGAUUGGGGUGAAAACGGGCAACUUUGAAAGCGUGCAAGCCAAGAUCCAAACAGCGAUGGAGUCAUCAUUACGGAAAAUCUUGACUCCAACCUCGUCCCUUGAUCUGCUGAGAGAAAUCGAUGCAGUGACCGCACCUUCAGCUCUUUCCCUGCAAAAACGACGUCCAUAUGUCAUGUCAAUCGUGGGUGUCAACGGUGUUGGAAAGUCCACGAAUCUGUCCAAAAUUUGCUUCUUCCUUUUGCAGAACAAGUACAAAGUGCUGGUCGUGGCUUGUGAUACCUUCAGAUCAGGUGCUGUCGAACAACUGGCUGUACACGUGCGAAACUUGAAAGAGUUGACUUCGCGAGAGGGAGGACAGGUUGAGCUGUACCAGAAGGGCUACGGAAAGGAUGCCGCCAACGUGGCAAAGGAUGCCGUGACUCUUGCCGGCGAAGAAGGAUUCGACGUGGUCUUGAUCGAUACCGCUGGACGCCGUCACAACGACCAACGCCUCAUGUCGUCGCUCGAAAAGUUUGCCAAGUUCGCACAACCAGAUAAAAUCCUCAUGGUUGGAGAAGCAUUGGUAGGAACAGACUCCGUAGCCCAGGCGAGGAACUUCAAUGCUGCAUUCGGCAGCGGGCGGUCACUCGAUGGCUUCAUCAUCUCCAAAUGCGACACUGUUGGAGAUAUGGUCGGAACAUUGGUUAGCAUGGUGCAUGCCACAAACGUCCCAGUGCUUUUUGUAGGUGUUGGACAGCACUAUAGCGAUCUUCGGAAUCUUUCUGUGAAAUGGGCAGUGGAGAAGCUGUUAAGUAGCAAUUAA